UUUGUGCUGUUUGUGGGCGACUCGCAUCUGCGUGCGUUGGUUGACCGUUACGUGAGGAUGCCAGACGGUUGCCUUUCGUUUGGGUUCCUGUCUACGCCUGGGGCGUCUGCCGCUGAGCUCCGCACUGAGUUGCUGAACGCAGACAUCCCCAGAACCCCCGACAUCGUUUGCUUGCUGGCUCCAAGCAACAACCUCACGGCGACGCCCGGCAUCGAAGCGGCUGGAGUUGCCUUCGAUGGACUUCUGAGAGCUGCCCGCAGUCGAUGGCCUAAGGUGUUUGUGCUCGAUUUCCCUCCCCGGCUGGCGAGUGAAUUGGCACCGCAACAAUUCCUUCGAGAGGAGUUUCGUCGCGUUGCAGCAAAGAACGGUGUAGAGUACUGCGUCACAGCUGACCGCUUUCUGCUGGACUCGCUAGCCUUGUGGAGUCGUGAUGGGAUCCACCUGAGUGACGAUCUGGGGAUGCCGCUUCUCGCGAAGCUUCUGUGGCACUUCUCCUUUCGGCAGCUACAGUCACCUCUGCCUGUUACACCUCCGCCUGUGUCUCCUCCCAAGUCACCCCCGACUGUGAGACCCUUUGCUACCACCGUGGUUGUGAAGGGAGAGGUUUCACGUCCACGUCCCCUUGACCCCUUCAAGGAAACUGUCGUCGGACGUCGCGGAAAGCGCAGCCAACCUGAGUCCUGGGAUGCGCCUGAGGACUGGGAUCAGUCUUCCGUGCGGAUCCUUCCUCAUGAGGUUUGUGUGCCUCCUCUGGUCCUGAGGGAGUGCUUUGUCGUGCUAAACCCUAUCCGGUUUAGCACUGACAAGUUGGCUGCAAUGGAUCGCAUUGUUCCAUCCAACCUUGACGUCCCCAUGGGGAAUCACUCAAAGCGCCUGUAA